ACUUUUUCUCACAGACACAAUCAGUCGACCUUAUCAUCGCAAAAUCGACAAACCUCAAAAAGAACUCGAAGAGUCAGUCUCCCUUGCGGUUAAACUGAUUGAUAUCUCGUGUUCUCUAAACCUUCAAUAAGAACCCAAUCUUCAAAAUGAAGCACCUCGCAGCUUACCUUCUUCUCGGCCUCGCCGGCAACGAGUCGCCCUCUGCCAGCGACAUCAAGACCGUCCUCGAGUCCGUCGGUAUCGAGGCCGAUGACGAGCGCCUGGAGAAGCUCAUCUCUGAGCUCAAGGGCAAGGACAUCAAGGAGCUGAUCGCUGAGGGCUCUGCCAAGCUCGCCUCUGUCCCGUCCGGUGGUGGCGGUGGUGGUGGUGCCGCCGCCGCUGCUGGUGGCGCUGCUCCCGAGGCUGCCAAGGAGGAGGAGAAGGAGGAAGAGAAGGAGGAGUCCGACGAGGACAUGGGCUUCGGUCUCUUCGACUAAGCGACACGCCAUCACGAUACGGGAGUCGAUCAGAUCAUGUAUACGACUUUGGGAACAAGCAAGAUUGGACUGGGUCCCGUCACGUCGUCACGACCUGCAUUAUGAACUGGCUUGGAGGAUCUGAUGUCAAUCGGUUUCGUUUAGGCGCGGAUAUAGGGGAUAAAAGUAAAAAAAUUGGUCGGCAGAUACCCAGGAACUCGGCUCGCUUCGUUUCUCAAAUCACCCCUCAGUCUCGUGCGCCAGUUUAUGUGAUGUGUGCACGUCGUAGGAAGGUGGUAGCCUACCUACCUACCCAGUG